AUGGUCGCCCAAGUCACCAUGCACGCCAUGUUCAUCCCCGUUGAAUCGUCCUCCGUGAACCCCGAAAGGAUUCACAUCAAACUCCGUUUCAUCUUCAUAGAACUCCUUGUCGUUGAAAUGUGGAGGCGGACGGUGGUGGGGCGCCCCACCGGGACCGCGUCCGCCUCGGCCACCAUGAUGUCCUCCGCGACCUCGCCGUCCCCCGGCAAAGUCCCGGUUCGCAUGCUCGCCUGGAACAAUGGUUGCAAGAGCCAAACGAAUGUCGCGAGGGUUUAUCCAGUCGGAAGACAGUGCAGUAACCAGAGAAAGUACGCCCUUUCUUCCUCUUCCUCUCCUCGUCCUUGUUCGCAGCUCUUCAUUCCUUCGUCCUCAAAAGGCGAAGCUCCUCUAAUGGCGUCCAUAAAUUUUAAUCCAUUUGGCGAAAACUGGUUCAAAAACCCACUAAAGCUACCAUUUCAACCAAUCAACCUCGUGUCCUUACUCUUCAAACCCUAUUCAAAAGCAACGAACUUUGCUUCCAUAUCCAGCUCCUUCUCCAAAAAGGAGAAAAAAACCGAACCAGAGGAGGAGAAAAACCCUGCGAAAUAUAUCGAUAUGCUGGAGCAGUUCUACUGGGAGUGCGAGAAUUUGCCUGAUUACAGGCACACCCCCGAGGUUGAGAAGAUUCUGCAGGAAGACCCAAUUUUGGAGACGAGGGAGAACCCGACCCAGGAGGAGAUUAAGGAGAACCAGGAGUGGUGGGAUGAGUUCCGUGCCAGCCCGGUUGUGCAGUUCUUGGCCCGCACGGAGGAGAUUGUAGAUAAGCUUAAUCAGAUGGAGCUUCGGGAUAAUUCCUCACCUUACCGGCCAGAAGAUAGGAAGUUUUGGCGGUCAGUGCCUCAUGUGCUUGGGCUGGACGGGAGGCCGAUGCCUAGGAAAGCAAUAAAACGCCGCAAACAGGCAGAAGAUAAAUUCUGGGAUUUUGCUAGACAGUUCUUUUUUGGGCUUUGGAGGUUCCGGCAGAGGCCGUAUCCAUCCGGCAGGCCCAUUGAUGUUGCUCAGGCCAUCGGUUAUAAGAGACUCGAUGGCCGCUAUUAUGACUUUAUCAUGAAAACUGGUAACUGGUUCUAUAAAGACCGGUUGGGCCGUACAAGAGGACCUAUGGAACUAAUACAACUUAAAACUGCUUGGGGUGGUGGAAUAAUUGACAAGCACACUUUUAUUUGGGGUGAUGACAUGGACGAAUGGGUGCCUAUAAGCAUGAUCUAUGGCAUGGAGCGUGCCAUUUGCACUUGGGACGUUAAAUUAGGUGCUGCAGCAACAGCUUUUUUUCAUAAGCUACAAAAAGGCAUACCUCCUUGGGUUCCUCUCAAGGGGCACGAGCACAAAACCUACAAACAGAUGCAAGACGAAGCAUAUGAAAGCAAAAAUCGCGAUUUAGCCGUUUUAAAGGCUAAUGAUGGUGUUUGGCCUGGCAUGAGGACUCCAAGUCAUGCUCUUUUCCUCUGGGCUAGUGGUUCCGAGCUGACAACACUUAUGGAAGAAGAUUUCAUGCCCAACAAAUACAUUCCCCGGGAUAUUAGGGAUCAACUAGCAGAAAUUAUUCCUGGUUUGAGGCCAUGGGAGGUAUUGAGCAUCGAGCAAGCUAUGGAUCAGAUCACUUAUGGUGGGGAGUGGUACCGUGAACCUUUUGGCCAUUUCACCACUGGCCCUCCAUACAUCAGAGAGCACAACAGAGACAUUAUGCGGCACUAUCUCAAUCUCCGCAGAGCAAUGUAUGCACGCUACAGGCAGAUUGCGAAGAACAUCCCAGGUUUCGACAAGUUCAUGGCGAAAAUUAGGGAAGAGUGGCUGGAAAUUACGGCCAGAAGGAGAGAGAAGUUGGCCGCGCUAAAGAAGUCGAAGCGGAAUUCACCGUUCGACUGA